UGAAAUCUAUCAGGAAACCUCAUCCGAUCGCGGUUUCCCAAAGAGCGCAGAUAAAAUAUACCCUAUCCUUAACAGACACAAAUUACCCUUGUCUCUAUCAUCCUGCUGCCAGACAGGUCAGAUGCAAAUUUCAUUAAGCUCCUCAUGUCUGAAUGAUGCAUAAAUAUUUACUUAGACAUCUGCAUCCAACUAUUGUCGCAGAGUGGAAAUUGGGCGAGUAGGUCACACAAUUAAUUAGUCCGCGAAAUGUUGUCACCACAUUUGUAUGCAGCAGUUUUUGCUGCCAUCCUCCCAUCGACGACGACAGCAGGGAGCACCUUCCUCAUGAACUCGCGGUCUUACUUGCGACAUUCAUAGUGGCAACACUCCCACCAACAAAGCAAGAAGGACGAAGAUAACAAAAGACCAACAAUUGCUCCUACUAGAGAGUAUCGGCAGCUGCAUAGGUUAGCUGGUUGUUAGUUGAGGUUUUGUAUGUUAGCUAGGGUAUCAAGUUGUUCCGUUUCUGUGAAAUCUGUCGCUCCAUUACCAUCCGCCUUCCAACCAAUCUUGAGUUCGAGUCGACGGUCAUUUCUAUCAUCUACCAACCAGACAGCUUCAGACGUAUAUCUUAGCUUAGCUUAGCCUAGCUUAGACGGACAGCAGCAAGCCACCACCAAACAAUCAAAUUCAUCGAAGAUGGUCCCUGAUCCGUACAAAGCGCUGGGCCUCGCCCACGAUGCUACGCAGAAAGAAAUCAAAUGCGCCUAUCGUAAGCUGGCACUUAGUCUACACCCUGAUAGACUAACGAGACAGAACGCCACAGAGACAGAGAUGGACCGGGCCACCGCUGAGUUCGCCAAGGUAUCAGCUGCCUAUUCCUUGCUCACGGAUUUGGCGAGAAAGCGAGAAUACGAUCACAUUUACAAGUAUGGAGGGUACGACGACGAUGAGGUGGACAACAUUCUAGGACAAGGGGGCAAUCUCAAUCGAGGAACCAAACGACAACAACAACAGCAAGGAUCUUCCUCUUCCUUUGCAUCCUCACCGGAUCCUUGUGACCCGCAGAUGAAGAAAUCCGCAAGAGGCAUUGGAUACAGGUGUACAGAUCACUUUGCCUACAUUCUUUCUCAAGGACGGAGAGCCUCCACCUCUGUGGCCGGAAUAGAGAUACCCGCCCGACUGCACAUGUCCAGACCUCCCUCAGGCACAGGUGGAUUCAGGCUCUCCUUUAGCUCGGGACAGUUCACAACCACACCCAAUGGCGCGAAGAAAUACACGUCCAAAACGACGCAGUUUGUUGCCGGCAAGAAAUUCACAAGAGUCGAAACCACCGUCGUUCAUCCGGACGGACGCAAGGAAAUCCUUAUCGAAGGCGACGACUAUGUAGAACGGCGCACAACCCCGCCAACACGAACGAUACCUGGGAAUGUGACCCAAAAACACGGAGCCGACGGCGACCUGCCAUGGUAUAUGGAAGCCUGGCAUGGAAUCAAAGACAAGCUCUCCGCCUGUUACAGUCCCUGUAUUCCCGUACAAUGAAACAGUUACUAUAUCAUUAAAGGAACCGGGCAUUACUAGUUCUUGUAAAACAUAUAGAAGCAUCCAUAUUAUUAUUG